CGCGGUGUUCGUAGUGACGAGUAGUGGGCGGAGUCACAGCGGCGGCCGCUACGGGAUCUUGGUGUCCGGUGUAUGGAGACGUGAGGAGGCGGAGGUGAUGUGGAAUGGCUGGACGUCUUCAUCCUUAUGACAGUAACUCCAGUGAUCCCGAGAACUGCGAUCGCAAAUUGUCUCAUAGGCCCCGUAAACUGUAUAAACACUCAAGUAGUGCUUCCCGUUGCCCUAGAUCAGGAAGCGUUCGGGUGAAAAUGAGUACGCACGGAGCGAGCGGGGGCCACGAGCGCUCCAGAGACAGACGCCGUUCCAGCGACCGCUCUCGAGAUUCUUCCCACGAACGAGGCGAGAGCCAGCUGACCCCAUGUAUCCGGAACGUGACCUCACCUACCCGGCAAAAUCAGGGUGAUCGGGAGAAGGAAUGCUGUUCGUCGCGGCCGGGCAGCCCCCGUCCCCAGAAAAUCUCUCCAAACGGCCUGAGCGGCAGAACCGGCAGCCAGUCCGGUCCCGACGGCAACUGCAAGGCGGCCGGCGAGAUGGUGUUUGUGUACGAAAACGCGAAGGAGGGCAGCCGCAGCCUGCGCACGUCCGAACGGGUCACGCUCAUCGUGGACAACACCAGAUUUGUCGUCGACCCGUCUAUUUUCACGGCGCAGCCAAACACGAUGCUGGGCAGGAUGUUUGGGUCGGGCAGAGAACAUAACUUCACGCGGCCCAACGACAAGGGGGAGUUCGAGGUGGCCGAAGGGAUCAGCUCCACCGUGUUCCGCGCAAUCCUGGAUUACUACAAGACGGGGAUAAUCCGUUGCCCGGAUGGAAUCUCUAUCCCUGAGCUGCGCGAGGCGUGCGACUACCUGUGCAUCUCCUUCGAAUACAGCACCAUCAAAUGCCGAGACCUCAGCGCGCUCAUGCAUGAACUGUCCAAUGACGGGGCUCGGCACCAGUUUGAGUUUUACCUGGAGGAGAUGAUCCUUCCUCUGAUGGUGGCGAGCGCGCAGAGCGGGGAGCGCGAGUGCCAUAUUGUAGUCCUCACAGAUGACGACGUGGUCGAUUGGGACGAGGAAUACCCCCCGCAGAUGGGAGAGGAAUAUUCUCAGAUUAUCUACAGCACUAAGCUCUACAGAUUCUUCAAGUACAUCGAGAACCGCGACGUGGCCAAGUCUGUCCUGAAGGAGAGAGGCCUAAAGAAAAUCCGUCUGGGGAUCGAAGGAUAUCCAACGUACAAAGAGAAGGUGAAGAAGCGGCCGGGGGGGCGGCCGGAGGUGAUCUAUAACUACGUGCAGCGCCCCUUCAUCCGCAUGUCGUGGGAGAAGGAAGAGGGGAAGAGCCGCCACGUGGACUUUCAGUGCGUGAAAAGCAAGUCAAUCACCAACCUGGCGGCGGCCGCCGCCGACAUUCCCCAGGACCAGCUGGUGGUGAUGCAUCCGGCGCCGCAGGUGGACGAGCUCGAUAUCCUCCCCAACCAGCCUCCGCCGAGCAACAACGACACCGACCCGGAGGGGCCGAACUCCACUCAGUGAUCGCCCUGACGGGGCCUGAAAUCCAGCAUGACGGGGACGGCUGCUCGGUCCGGCGGGACGACCGCGUUACGGCAGCGGCUUGUGUGAAUCUUAUUUUAAAGACCAAAAGGGACGGGGACGCUCCCGCGGCUUCACUGGUGGCUUUCAUACUCGGCGUCUGUCCGACUCCGGCCCGAAGGACUGUAUUCUAUAUAAACGCGCAGGUAACAGGAGGGACGUCGCCUCCGCACCUCAUUCAUUGUGGCACUUUAUGGCAGGUUGGUGUUUGUACAGUCAUUUUCUUUUUUUAUUAUUAAACCAGAAGUAACUAAGAAGCAUCUAUUAAAAUGUUUACUUUUCACUAUAAUUGUAUUUUGCAAUCUUUUAAGAUAUAUGGAACUGUUUGAGCACAAAACAAGCGUUUUUCUCCAGCUACUGGAGGAUUUCCUACAAUCAGACUCGUCACGCAUGUGACGGUUUAACCCCUCGAGCGUUAAAUAUCAUUUUCCCCUCUACGGCUCCGUCAGGGUCUCUGCAGCAAAGCCUUACGUCUGUUUAUUACGAUGAUUGUACGUUUUACAUUUGAUUAAAGAUAUUUUAUUGGUUCA